CCAUCCGUUUUCUGUAGCUCACAAGGGUCACGUGUGCUGGAGCCUAUCCCAGCCAUCUUCGGGCGAGAGGCGGGGCACACCGCCGACCAAUCGCGUUCCCACGCGGAGAAAAGCCACGCAGGCACGGGGACAACGUGCAAACUCCACGCGGACGGCGCCGGGAUUGGACCCGCAUCCUCAGAACUGUGAGGCGGACGCUCUAACCAGUCGUCCACCGUGCCCCCCCCCUGUCAUCGAAUUGACGGCUGUCGUUCUGUGACGUCACGAGCCCGUCGUCCUAUCAAGUCAAGCGAAAGGAAAAAUGCGGAAGUUAGCGAGCAAGCAGUCGCCGACUGGCGGUCGAACGCGAGCGACAACUUUGGACUUUUCCACGUCCGUCACCACAUUUGUCAAUAUCCGACAUUUGUUUCGCUCUUCGUCUCGGUGCACUUCCAAGCGUCUCCGGCUGGCGCUCGCACGCUAGCGUCAGCGGAAGUUAGCGAGCUGCUAAAGUGUUGAGGUUUUUUGUUUGUUUUUGUUUUGGGUGAACGCGCGCGAGUUUGACAAUCGGAUAAGUUCGGAUGGGUGCAAGCGCGCCGGCGGACGGCGACGAGGAACUUUCCGGAACAAAAAGACAAAAGAGGAGCGGCGACGUCGUCAACGGGCGGACGCGCAGAUGGACUCCGACUCACGAGACGUCCAGCAACUCCAGCCAGAGCUCCCCCACGUCAAAGAGGAACAGGUGGACGUGGACAUCAGUCGGCAGGAUGGAGAACACGUUGAGGAGGAGGCCCACACCGGCGAGUUCCCGGUCAUCCGAGUCAUUGUGAAGGGUGAAGAUGAGGAAGAUGAAGCUGAGCUCGGGGAGAAGAAUAGAGGAACGGAAGCAGGCCACCUCUGGGAUGACGCCGAGGACUCCCGAGGCGAGCCGGCAAGUCGGCCCGACGCCUUCGAAUGUUCUCAGUGCGACGAAGCGUGCGGCGAAACGUCCGUCUCGAUGGCGCGCACGAGGAGUCGCGCGGAAGACAAAAUCUUCAUCUGCCCGUUUUGCGGCAAAAGCUUCCACCAGCAGGAGAACUUGAUGGGCCACACGAUGAUCCACACGGGAGAGAAACCCUUCGUCUGCUCCAUUUGCGGCGGGAGCUUCUCACUCAAAGGUACUCUCAUGAUCCACAUGAGGACGCACAGCGGCGAGAGACCCUUUCCUUGCUCCGUUUGCGGCGAAAGAUUCUCCCAGAAAGUCAACUUGACGACACACAUGAGGACGCACACUGGAGAGAAACCUUUCUCCUGCUCGGUGUGCGGCGAGAAAUUCUCCCAGAAAGGAAACUUAAUGAAGCACAUGAGGACGCACACCGGGGAGAAACCCUUUCCCUGCUCAGUUUGUGGUGAAAAGUUCUCGCAGAAGGGAAAUCUGGUGAUCCACAUGAGGACGCACACGGGGGAGAAACCUUUUCCCUGCUCUGUGUGCGGUAAAAGGUUUGCUCUGAAAGGCAGCUUGAGGAAACACACCAGAACGCACACCGGCGAGAAACCUUUUGCUUGCUCGGUUUGCGGCGAGACGUUUGCGCAGAAAGCUGUGCGCGACAUUGACUCACAUCCCGGCGAAGUCUUCACGGGGCCAUUGGGGUCACCGUUACCCGCUCUUGGCUGCCUCCUUGAGACUGUGGUGGUACUGCAAGCCGCCUGCCUGCAGACAUAUUUGAUUGAUUCAUACUUGAGAGAUGAUGCGCGGAACUGUUUUUUGAAAAAAAUAAUUGCACUUACUUUUUCGACGAUUCCUCCCACUGCACUCGGCAGAAGUUCGGACAAUCAACAGGAGAUGAAAUAGAAAAACUUUAAAUAGUUUGGUUAGAAAUUAACCAUUAAUACUCGGUUGAAUGUUGCAGUUGCAGAUGUGUGUCAUUUGUUUUUGUUUUUGUUUUUUUCUGUUACACCGUGUGAUACAUUUUAUUGCUGUGACAACAAAAGUAGCGAAAUUAUUUUUCCUUAAACCGGUUUUUACUUUUGCUAUAUUUGAUCUUAUUGUGUUUGACUUUGUUAUAGAUAAUACUUGAUAUCGCAUUAUUUUAGUUACAAUUUAUUUUCCAUAAUGAAAGUUAUUUUAUUUUACUUAAUUUUAUCGUACCUGUUUUAUUGUAAUUUAAUGUAUUUUAUUUUGUUACUAUAUAUCACAUUACUUUGUUAAACUCUAUUCUGUUUCCUUUUAUUCCAAUUUAUUUGACUUAAUUUAAGUAAUUGUUUUACGUAAUUUAUUGUACCCGAUUUUUUUCCACCCCUUCAUUGUAUUUUACUUCAUUUUACCAAACUUUUAUUUGAAUGUAUUCAUGUAUCAUAUUUGAUUAAAUUUCAUUUUACAUAAUUCUACUUUGAUUUUAUUUUAUUUUAUUCUAAUUCAUUGUAUUCCUUAAAUUUGACAUAAUUUCAAUCAUUUUCUUGGAUUCUUCAUUGUUUUAUUUGACUUGAUUGUACUUGAUUUGAUUUUUAUUUCUAUUGCAUUCUAUUUUACUUAUUUAGCUUUAUCUUACUACAUAUGUUAUGUAUUUAUUAGGUGAUCAUGUAUUAUGUUUUAUUACGUAUUUAUUUUGUAUUUUUAAAUGGAGCUUUUCUUGUAUUUGAUUUGACUUGUACAGCCGUGGCCCAAUGGUUUCCACCGUGGGGCAUCUCGGUUCAAGACCCCGACCGGACCAUCCGGCUGCGGUGUCCUCGAGCGAGACACCGAUACCCCGAAAUGCUCCCCGGGCGCUUCGGCUGCCCCCUGCUCCAGUGUGUUCCACUAACAUGCGUAUGUGUAUGUGUUCACUGUGGUGGGUAAAAUGCAGAACAAAUUUCCUAUGCAUGCAUGCAUGCAUGUUCAUGACAAUAAAGGUGAUUCUUCUUCUUAUAUGUUAGGUUACUUUUUAUGGGUUUAUUUAAAUUUAUCUUUAUUUUAUUUAACAUCAUUGUGUUUUACUUUGUUUUGCGUGAUUUAUUGCACCUAUUUUUUUCCCCUUUGUUUUUUUUGCUUCAUUUUACUUAACUUUUAUUUGAAUGUAUUUUAUUUUUCCAAAUUUCACAAAU